AUGACAAGCUCCACAAGUAACACAGGCGAUAUUCCCACAGAUGCUCUGGCUGAACCGGGCCCUGAUUGGCCAGCUGCAAAGAAAAUCUGGGGAUUGGCAUGGCAACUGCACUGGAUUGGCUUCGGUGUUCUGUUUGGCUCUCUGGCAGUUCACUCUAUGUUUGUCAUAGUGAUGGUGAAUAUAAGGAAGAGAUUUUGCCGUAAACCUUUGUUUCUAGCUAUCAACUUGCUCCUGUUCUUCCUUGGAGCUACGAGAGCGGUUUACAUGCUCCUGGAUCCGUACGAGUCCAGGGAAAAUGGAGUAGAGGAUCCUAAAUGGUUGACGCCUCUUCUCUUUGGUAUCGCCUAUCCGUGUUUAACAUCCGCGUUUUCUUUGAUCCACCUGGCUUUUCUUGAGAUCACCAAAUUAAAAGUUGGCCCAAGCAAGUUGCAGAAUGUUAAGUUUUUAACUGCAGUCAUAGUGCUCCACUUUAUUAUCGUCUUCACGGCGGAAACAACAUCAUCCAUCAAGCCCGAGCUUGCUGCACUGUUGAUAGUGUGCCAGUCGUUUUUCAUCCUCUGGAGCCUGUUACUUGCAGGUAGCUUCAUCUACAGCGGCUGCAAAUUAAUAAAACACGUAAACCAGGUUCAAAAACAGCUUAGCAUCAUCGAGAAAGAUGAGUGCUCAAGAAACGCAAGACAGAAGGUGAGCACCACCAAAGUCGCAAAGGUUACUCUUAUUACCAGCCUCUUGGGCCUCGUUGUGUGCGGUUUGCACUUCUACUCUAUUAUUGGCGUGUACGGUAUGUAACGCCCAGGUCAGCUGGGCACCUGAACCAACUAUCACUUGUGCAGAGAUUCAAGGCAUGCAAUGUAAUCUAUUAGUUUACUGAAGGAGAAACAUUAUUAUCUUUUAAGCUAAUUUUCGAUUUACUGCCGUACUAAACUGAUUCAGACAACGCUCUCUCAGUUUUGCCGUACUUAAGUCAUGUUAGGUUCGGCACACGAGUCGAGCGGAGUCUGAACUGGGCCUGACAGAUGGAAUUACUUAUUGUAGCUUGGCUUAGCCAGCCAUGACAAUGCUCCUUUGAAUGAAUAUUGAUAAACCCAACUGAGACUUUAUGUAGGUUUUCAAGCCUCCCUGCUGAACAAGCUUUCUUUGGGCAGGCAAGCGCCAGCAAGCGCUUUCCUCCAAUUGCUUAAGGCGUAAAAAAACAGGUUCUGCAGGUUUGCCACUUUCCUUCGAUUGUAUUCUUUCCACAUUCUCCUUGUGAAUUCUGCUUAUUUUUCUGAACGUAGAUAUUUUAAAGUAAAAACACUUCCCCCCUUUGUUUAUUGCUAUUCAAGAAAGGCCGGCUCUUAGAACGAAAAGCAAUCUCGCCCAAUAGAAACUUAAACAGAGUAAACUAUAAGCAGAGAGGCUUUUCUCUAGGUCUGUCAAGUUUUUGAGGUCAUAAUCAUCUGAGAAAAAAAAAAUAGAAAAACCUUCUCCAUCAGUUGAAAAUGCUACAGAGACUCCGCUUUUGACGCAUUCUUGGUGGAAUUUGGCCGGUUAAUUUUUACCAUAAAUCGUAGAGUGUGUCCAUGUUGACUAUAGCGACAACAAAGUAAACAAAAGUAGCUGAUAGAUACUUUUUGAUGGAAGAAAUUUUCUUUGAAGGUGUUAAAUUAAAUUCACCUAUUGAAAAAAGUAUACAUCAAGUUAUAUGUCUUAUUUACAUUCAGUAUGGCAUCUGCAUAGGACUUAAUGUUCAGGAAGUGGGACGUAGCCCGCAUGAAGAUAAGAAAGAAUAGAUGUGCACUAAAGCAAUUAAAAGAGAAGAAGGACAAAUAUAUUGUCCAAAAAAAAAAACACGCAAAAUAAAAAUAAAUUUAAUUCUUUCUGGAGCAAUAAGCAAUUGUCCCAGCGCGCAUCUUUUAGCGGGGGCAACAUAUUUUGAUCUAUUUUAUUUCAGUCACAAUAAUAACAAAGAAAUAUGGGUUGCGAAAACCGAAGCAUGAAAAAAUAUGAUUGUUGCAAACUGCGCACUGAAGUGGACAAGAGAGUCUUUGUUGAAACAGGUGAUGAAAUGAAAUGAAACUUUUGUUAAAAAGCUAGCGGUAAAGCCUUGAGUCCUUACAGUACUUGUUAAAUACGUCGAGAUUCUAUAUGCAGUCUAACACAGAGUUAAGUCUGCCUAUAUAGGUUAUGUCUGCACGUUUCAUUUUUGCUUUUUUUGCUUUCGAUCGAGGUUUGAGGUAUGUGUGUUUGAAAUUUGCUUAGUACGCCGUUCUUUUAAUGCACAUGCAAACCGUAUAAUUUAUCAAAUAGAUAAAACUUUUGUGCAUAAUUUAGGUAAUCAAGGGAUCUCGAAAACCGCCUUCGAGACGAAAGGAUACAAUUGAAAGCAUACGUCGAGUAAACGUAAGUAUCCAUUAUAAACCAAAAUAUGGUAAAUAUCUACGACUUUCUUAGAUUUAAUGAAACAGCCUAUAAACCGUUACAGUUCUUUUGCAAUAUUUAGAAGUCCGGCCGCCUGCUAGAGUCUGGUUCGUUUGGGUACAUCAGAGAUUCUUACUGAGUGAUAAAUAUGCACCUUAUGAACCACUCCAUCCACCCUCCGUACUUUUCACAUCACACAACAUUUACACUAAAACUCAGUUGCAUGGUAUAAAAAUUGUACCAGGGCUUGCAAAUAAAUGAAGACUUCGAGAAGAAAAGUCGUUUCGUAACAAAAGCUAACGGAGCACUGAGUUCAACAGAUGAAUUAUUGAUUAUUUACCCAACAGAGGGCCUGCUGGGUCAUUUUUUUCCUUAACAGAUACCAUAAAACAUUUAUACAAAUUAAAAAAUUACAGUUCAUAUUUUGUUAUCUGAAUGUAAACAUCAGUCAGUUUUAUUAUGUCCUGGUUUAGUAAGCUACAAAAUAAGUUACAAGUUGUCAGUGUAAAAAACCCAUAUAUGCCAUGCGCAAUGCGUCGUCCAGAAAAUCAACGCCACAUACAGUUCAUUUCUGGCACGGAAAACUAAACUCAGAGGUAGGCGUAGUUGACUAGAAUCGAAGCCAGAUCGUGUUUUAAAACAUAUUUAUUAAAACCCAGUCCAUUUAAUCCAACCUCGUCCCCAAGGCUUUUCCCUUAAAAAAACGCGUGAUCGCAGAGGUCAAUCAAUUUUUUAAAAAUACAGGUCAUACAGGCUAAGUCUAAACCAACGCUUGUCGCUGUGAUAUGACUAAGAGUAAGGUGAAUAGAACUAGGCUGUGUACGGCGGCCCUCUUCGCAAGAAAUGACAUAAAAUAUCAGAAGAGUCGAGAAAGCGGACUUUACCAGUACAUACUUUGUGCAUGUACAAUAGCUGUCUUGUUAGUCAUUUAUAUCGCUCUAUAAACAGAAGUUUUACAAAUGUUACUCGCUGCCCCCUUCAUAGAAACCGACGGAAAGCAAAAAAUUACCAUGGCCAGUAUCUUGACAAAAAGGAAAUCUUGUAAAACCUUUCGUUAAUCGUUAAGAGAUAUAAGAGGCCGCCCAAGAUCGCGCGGUGUGAAGAUACGCAUAAUUUUAGCUUUUCACAUAGCGCUAAUUUAUUACACCCAGGAUUUUAGGGUGUACGAGGGGACACGUGACCAGCCGAUACCAGGGCCUUUUCCCGCCCUACCCAUUUUUUUAAGGGAAAAGCCCUGGGGACGAGGUUGCAUUUAAUUGAGCUCCGGUUUUUAAUCGCAUGGAAUAUACAUGCAUGAUUCAUUUUCUAGAGCCUUGCUAUAACAGAAAACUAACAAGGGGGGGUAGGAAGAGAGAGUCAAGGAAAAUUUUUCCAGGAAACUGUAACGAUUAAUCUUUGUUUUAAGAUAUGACAAAACACAACUUAACUGGAGUCCUCUAGUUUGCUGAACGCCCACCCUCCUCUAGCCUCCCUCGCAGGCGUUUUUAAGGGAACUCGUUUUUCAUCCCUCCCGACAAGGUUGAGCAGGCGUUUGUGGGGAGGGAUGAAAAACGAGCUCCCCUAAAAACGCCUGCGUGGGAGGCUACCCCUCCUCCUCCCAAAAAAAAUAGUACUAUCAAGCAUACCGUGUUCUGUCGUGAAUUGUAAUACAAAUUGUAAAUUGUAAAGAUGAACGCCCGGGACACACGAAUCACCACGUGAGUUAACGCGUCAAAGUGAGGCAAAACGUAAGCAAGCGCCUCAAAGCGAGGCAAAUGUGUGUCGCCACAAAUGCAAUCUCAAAAAAACCUCCCUUAUUAAUUGCACAAGACACCCAAUAAUGCACAGAACACCCAACAGAAAUUAGGGGUUGCAUUCGAGGUAAGUUCGCUUACGUAUUUUCUUUACAACAUUUUUUACCCUUCCGGACAAAUUCGUUUUGUUAAGUACUCAAGCGUCAUGUAUUCUGGUUCUGAAAUCGACGCUAGUUUAGUCAAAUAACGCAGAGUCGACAGCAUGUUAGAGUAUUAAGCAACCGCUGCAAAAAUUAGAAAGUCACCUGGAUUAGUAGGGGUAGAAAUUAUUAAAGGAUCAAUAAAAAAGGAACCGGUUUUGAUAAUUAUUUCGGUUUUAAGUGUUUCUGAAAAGAAAACAUUAUGUCAAUAAGUAACAUUUCGCUGAAUUAACGUUGAGAUACCGCAAUGUGAAUUACCAAUUGCAAGGAUAAUUUUACACUGACGUAUAAAUUAAUUUAUGUUAGGCUAUGUUGGAGAAAUAUUGUUUUUAUCAUGAGCAAUAAGUUUACCCUUUCAAUUAAACAAAUUGUUCGGUGUCGCCUGAGGGUCUAAGAAUGAUAUGAUAAAGAGUUUGUCCAAACAAUAUUGAUUUCAUACAUUUCAAGAUGUGUGUUUUCUUGGGGCUUAACACAUUGCCGUUCACAAAAAAGAAGGUUUAUGUUCGUAAGGAAUUUCAUAAUCCGUUUUUCUUCUGGGGCUAAACAUUUUUAGCCUGCGAACCACAGACGUUUCUCCUCGCUCAUCGCCGCGUUCGUCAGCGGCGAUGAGCGAGGAGAAACGUCUGCCGUUCGCAGGCUAAAACAUUUUCCGUGGCAAAUUUUCGUCUCUAUCUGCGUUUUGUCAUCAUCGUUACAUUACUAAAGAUGACACUUUGCUCUAGCUGAUGUCGCACAUUGUGUCAUAUCAAAUAGAUUGAAAAGUCAACAAAGUGCACAAGAGAAUUUUUUCUUUCUUCAUUACUGCGUUGUUCAGAAAAAAAAAAUUAAUAAAGGUACCCAUGGCAAGUUUGGUGCAGUAAUAUAAGCAAUGAAGAAAACAAACUUGUAUUAACUUUCAAUUACCUUAAAGUGUUGCAGCCUCACCUUCUCGUAUAUAGCGGUCACCUUGUGUCUUACGGUCACGUACCGGACAACUUCCCAAAAUUUUGAGUUGCCUUUAAAUAUCAUAUAACGGUCACCUUGCUAUUUCCCGAGGGUGACCGUUGUACACUGUAGGUUUGACUGCAUCUUCCUCCGGCUUAAGCUAAAAUGUCGUGGAUAAAGUUAGUACUUGAAAGUACCUCAAAGUGUAUAGAAGAAGAAAGUCAAGUAAAAUUAUUUCCUCCUUGUGCCAAUGCGAAAGCAUGAAAGUGAAAUAAGAUUGAGUGGGUGAUUCAUUUUUUUUCCAAGAUUUCGGUGUAACAUGCACAAUUCCGUGUGAGCAAUUCUGCCCCUUUUGCAUUGUCUGAGUCAUUUCAUUUGUUUGACAUUUGACUGUUGAUUCAAACAGCGGAACUUUUUAUUGCGCGCAGCUCUCAACUAGUAAAUGCAAACUAAGACAAUUUCAACGUACCGUUUAAAAGGCAAAAGGAAGUUUUUAAAAAUGACUAGAGGAGAUCGUUUUAAUAUAUUUCGAACGCAACAUUAAUUCUUAUUUAAGAACUAACCAAGCGGUCAAAAAGAGUGCCAUUUUUGUGUUUUUCCGUCAAAUUUUCGGGUUCUUGAUACCACAUCAGACAUCAGACAUCAGACAUCAGACAUACCACAUUAAAAAUUUGCUGAACCUUAAUGAGGGAUGAUGAAUUGUCCAUUAAAAUUUUUAACUGCUCGCAAAAUUUUACCUUUGCUCGAUUUGCUCGCGAAAUUUAAACGAGUGCUCGCUUGCUCGUGUUCCCAAAACUUUUGCAGUUGCUCGCAUGCUCGCUUUCUUGUCAGUAUUGCUUGAGAUUUUGUGAAUACUUCUUCGGAUUAAAGUAAAUGUAUUUCUGUAUGGUGCUUAAUUAAUUCCUAUAAAUAUGGCUAUCAAGUUCAGUGGAAAUGCACGCGAUAAAUGACAACGAUAAAUAAUAAACUAGCUAAUCUAGCUAUAUAUGGUUAAAAAGAGAAGAUAUUGCUACCUUGAGUUUUUUUGAGUUUCUCUACCGCUCUACUGACACUGGGCUUUAAUUAGGCCGUGUUUUCAAUAAAAACGGUUUGGAAGCUUUAAUUUAGGAUUCUUCCAGAAGAGGUUGUUCUGACACGAGGAUGUUGUCCCUCUUCAAGUUCUUUUUCAAGUUCUUCUUUCUUCAACCCCCCUUGUACGCUCGAGACAUUCCAACCUCGUUCCCAGGGUUCUCUCCUACCAGCCCUACGGAGCAAGGCUAAGUGCAAAGUAAGUGAGUUUUUAUUCUAAUGAAGAUAAAACUCAUUAUCACAAAAAGGUUUUGCUCUUAGCCUCGUUUUGAUCGUUGCGGUUUUUGGAACUUGAAAGUGACCUAUUGAGCAAUGAGCUCAUGCUGAGCUGCAUUGUGGGAUUUUUGUACGUCGAAAAGAACAAUCCUGGUUAUGUAAAGAUGGAGUUCUUGGUGAAUUAUUAGGCUGAUUUAGCAACAGGACUGCAACGUCAGUUGACGAGGGGAAAGCUCGCGGAGAGGACUAAACACGACGUCCGGUGCCCAAUUUGCACCUCUGCCAUUGGUCAAACCAGUUGCUUGAUUUGCGCGCGCCGUCGUAAACUGACGUUCCCGUUCUGUUGCUAAAACAGUCUAAUUUUCCUUUUCAAGACUUAUUACAAAACACGACAAUGUGUUAUUACAAUUCACGACAGCUCGGCUUAUUACAAUUUACGAAAGCUCUCCUAAUUGUGGGUAACACAGACCUAAAUUAUUUGACAAUGGAAUAAACUGUUGUUUUUGUUUUGGUAGGAGAUGACAUGACAAGCUCCACAAGUAACACAGGCGAUAUUCCCACAGAUGCUCUGGCUGAACCGGGCCCUGAUUGGCCAGCUGCAAAGAAAAUCUGGGGGUUGGCAUGGCAACUGCACUGGAUUGGCUUCGGUGUUCUGUUUGGCUCUCUGGCAGGUCAAUCUAUGUUUGUCAUAGUGAUGGUGAAUAUAAGGAAGAGAUUUUGCCGUAAACCUUUGUUUCUAGCCAUCAACUUGCUCCUGUUCUUCCUUGGAGCUACGAGAGCAGUGUACAUGCUCCUGGAUCCGUACGAGUCCAGGGAAAAUGGAGUAGAGGAUCCUAAAUGGUUGACGCUUCUUCUCUUUGGCAUCGCCUAUCCGUGUUUAACAUCCGCGUUUUCUCUGAUCCACCUGGCUUUUCUUGAGAUCACCAAAUUAAAAGUUGGCCCAAGCAAGUUGCAGAAUGUUAAGUUUUUAACUGCAGUCAUAGUGCUCCACUUCAUUAUCGUCUUCACGGCGGAAACAACAUCAUCCAUCAAGCCCGAGCUUGAUGCACUGUUGAUAGUGUGCCAGUCGUUUUUCAUCCUCUGGAGCCUGUUACUCUCAGGUAGCUUCAUCUACAGCGGCUGCAAAUUAAUAAAACACGUAAACCAGGUUCAAAAACAGCUUAGCAUCAUCGAGAAAGACGAGUGCUCAAGAAACGCAAGACAGAAGGUGAGCACCACCAAAGUCGCAAAGGUUACUCUUAUUACCAGCCUCUUGGGCCUCGUUGUGUGCGGUUUGCACUUCUACUCUAUUAUUGGCGUGUACGGUAUGUACAGCAAAGUAGUUCACCCCUCGCCUUGGCCAUGGCUGACUUUUCAAUCGCUUUGCCGCUUCGUGGAACUUGCCAUGGCGUCCACCAUUGCUUACAGCGUGAUGCAGGGGGAUAAAAGGCAGAGAAAAGGAAAAACGGUCCCUACUAAUUCGGGAGAGAAAGUAGAGCUAAGGACUUUAAGAGAGACGCAUUUGAAAAUUACAGAUUUUACCGAACCAAACUGA